CGCGAAGCUCGAUUCCAGGAAGAAAAACCGCUGAGUCUUGCUCUUUUUUUCCUCUUUCUCUCGCUAUAUAAGCAAUUAUACAGGCACGCAGAUACGUAAUCAUCACAGAAAACCCAAACGCAGUGAGUAGUUUGAGAUUGAACAUGUCGGUUAAACCAACUGUUGCAUUAAGGGCUAUGCUCGUAGGAGGAAUAGCUGCAUUCGCUAAAAUCGGAGGUGCAAUGAAAGCUGCUGGUGGAGUGAAGCUAGGUGCUGCAGCUGCUGCUGUGACAGCUGCAGCAAGUGCAGCUGUGUCGGGAUCAAAACAGGAGUCGAAAGAUGCUCCUACGCACUCUGCAAAAUGACUCAGUCGCGUAGUGACUAAUCCUUGUCUACCGCUGGGAAAUUUUGGACACCCUUGAUUGUAUGUUUUCUGCAAUAAGAUGUGUAACAAUUUUAUUUAUAUAAAAAAAUGUGGCUGAGAAGGAAUUGGCAGCAGAUAGUUCAUCUAGCUUCUCAGUGAACAAAAGCAUGUUGAAAUUUGUCUUUUACCAACUUUUGAUACCGAUGAAGGAUGAUUUUUUGUUCGAGUUA